GUGGCUCCUAAUUAUCAUGGCUAACUUGUCCUAAGGGACGGCCUUAGGACGUGAUGACGUUUACAUUCGUCACCACGACGUACGUACGUUCAUGCUCCUAUGCUAAGUGCUAGCUGAGUGACUAUUUUCUGUAUCGCUGCUUCCUUUCUGUUGUGGAAAUUAAGUUGGCAGUAACUAAAAACACCAGUAAACCUAUUUAGAAGACCGCUACCAUUCUCCAGAGUGCCUGAGUAUCCGUGUCGGGCCGUCGCCAUGGCUUUGCAAGGCCCGGAGGAGCUGGGGGAGCAGGUCGAAGAGCCGGAGGAUCUAGACGACCAAGAUGCUAGCAUCUCUCCGGCCGAGGAGAUAACGCUGCCCCCCGUUCCCGGAGGCGACGAGGAGACGGAGGAGGCUCUCCUACUGCCCUGGGACCGCUUCUCCACCUGGCUGCACUGCAUCUGUGUGGUCGGCUUCGACCUGGAGCUGGGGCAGGCGGUGGAGGUCAUUUAUCCACAUCAUUCCAAACUGUCAGAGAAAGAGAAAACAAGCAUCUGCUACCUUUCCUUUCCUGACUCCAACUCAGGUUGCCUCGGUGACACCCAGUUCUGUUUCCGCUUCCGUCAAGGUUCUAACAGGAAAUCGUCGCUCAGCUGCUUCCUGGAAACCUCUGACCGAGAUGCACCCCCCUGUCUGAAGAGAGAACAGGGCCAUUACUAUGGCUAUGUGUACUUCCGUCAGGUGCGAGACAAAUCUUUGAAGAGGGGAUACUUUCAGAAGUCUCUGGUGCUCAUCAGUAAGCUGCCCUAUGUGACCUUCUUCCACUCCCUGUUGAAGAUCAUGGCUCCAGCAUACUUUGAGAAACAGGAGCCCUGUCUGGAGGCUGCUUGUAAUGACGUUGACCGCUGGCCGACGCCUCAUCCUGGACGAAUCCUCUUGCUGCCUAUUAUGGGUGUUGUCAUUAAGGUUCGCAUUCCUACCUGUUACGACAAACCAGGAACUUCACAGCUGGUCCAGUCUACCCAGAGUGACAGUCUGGUGUCCAUCGUGCUUCCAACCAUCCAUGAAGUCGAUCUUUUCAGCUGUUUCUACCCAGUCUUCUUCCACAUCCAGAUGCUGUGGGAAUUGGUGCUGCUGGGGGAGGCGAUCGUCGUCAUGGCUCCAUCACCAGCGGAGUCAUCGGACACAGUGCUGGCACUGGUCAGCUGUAUCUCUCCUCUGCGUUACUGCAGUGACUUCCGGCCGUACUUCACCAUCCACGACAACGAGUUUAAGGAGUACACCACCAGGACACAGGCUCCGCCAUCAGUCAUUCUAGGAGUGACCAAUCCUUUUUUUGCUAAAACUCUGCAGCACUGGCCGCAUAUCAUCCGCAUCGGCGACAUGAAGCAAACAGGAGAGAUGGCCAAGCAGACGAAAGUCAAGAAACUGAAAAACCUCAAAACUCUGGACUCUAAACCUGGUGUGUACACCGCAUAUAAGCCGUAUCUCAACAAAGAUGAAGAAAUCAUCAAACAGCUUCAGAAGGGUGUUCAACAGAAGAGACCCUCAGCGGCCCAAAAUGCAAUUCUUCGACGCUACUUCUUAGAACUGACACAGAGCUUCAUCAUCCCACUGGAGCGGUAUGUUGCCAGUCUGAUGCCUCUGCAGAAGUCCAUCAGUCCCUGGAAGAGUCCUCCUCAGCUCCGACCAUUCAUCCAGCAGGACUUCAUGAAGACACUGGAGAAGGCUGGACCUCAGCUCACAUCCAGGCUGAAAGGAGACUGGAUAGGACUCUACAGGCACUUCCUCAAGUCUCCGAACUUUGACGGCUGGUUCCGCAACAGGAGGCGAGAAAUGACCCAAAAGCUGGAGGCUCUGCACCUCGAGGCACUGUGUGAGGAGGAUCUGGAGCAGAGGAUCCAGAAGCACACAGAGGUGGAGACAGUUGAUCUGGUUCUGAAGCUGAAGGAUAAACUGAGUCAGGCGGAGAGGGAGCAGCUCCCAGUGCGUCCAGGCACCCUGGCAAAACUGAAAGCCCACAUUGAGGCCGUCAUCCUGGCCUUACCAGAGGACCUGCAGGGCAUCCUCCACAAGCCCUCCACACCUUGAUCCUGGAGCGUCUGCAACUCCAACCCCAGUUUGAACUUGUUUUAAAGUUUGGGUGUAGUGGGUCUCCUCCCAGUUGGCUCCCAGGUGGAGGGACCCUCGUUGACUCAGACUGGGUCCCGGUUUGAGGGAUCCAGUUGGAUCUAAUGUUAUCCAAAACCACACAUCCAACUGCAGUAAUAUUUAUGUUUUGUUCCCAAACUGCUACUGUGGCAGCUCAGUGGACCAAGUUUCAUGCUUCAUUGAUCAUGUGGUAUUGAUUGAUCUGCUGGAGCAGGAUGAGCUACUUGAACAGCAUUUGUAAAUUGUGAGGAUGUUUUUCCUCACAGAGACAUUAAGUAAAGAAAGGAGCCCUUGAUAUGUUUCCGAUUCAUCUGGUUCACUAAAGGUCUGUGGUGGCCUGUGCGCAAAAGGAUUUGUCAUCACCUUGGAAGUGAGAGCAGGAAAAUGACCCACGGUGACCUUUGACCCCCAGCAUUUUUAGCCACUUGAUGUUUUUAAUUUGUACUUUUUUAACUUGAUGAUUAGCUGCUGCAGUUCGCCGGAACUGACUCUGCAGUUAUUCAACUGUUUUCACAAACUGGUUUUAGAAGAAGUGCACUUCAUUGCUGACUGGACCAGUGUGCCCUUCUCAUACACUCUGACACUGUUAUGCAAACAAACUGAACUGUGCAAUGGUUUAUGUGAACUUCUACAUGCGCUCACGCCGAGCUUUAAGCACCAGCUCUUGUCUCAGUGUGCUCGGGGGCGAAUCGCAGCCUUGUAUUCAUGUCACAUGAUCAUAACAGUUUGGGAAUAUAUUCAGAGUUGUCCUGAAAUUUUCUGGGUUAUCACUAUAUUUGUGUUUUUCAGAAGACUGAAUCAAAAGGUUGUGCGAAAACCUUUUUUUAUUUCAAUGGAGUGAGCACCUCUGUGGGUUUAGAAGAGUCUUAGCCUAGUGUCACAGUCAAGACACCAAUUUCUACACCAAGAAAACAGUUAGAAAAGUUGUUAGAUGAUGAAAGAUAUUUCAAAUGAGAUGCAAAGUCAAGAUUCCAAGACACUAAUUUAAAUUUUUGUUCUGUUAGGUUAAAAUUAUGAAACACUAAGUCCAAGUUACUUAACAUGAUGAGAUUCAAAGACUCUGAGAUUUUGAUUAGAGUCAAAAUUAGGUUACAGUUACUAUGUCACAAAACUCACUGGAUAUGUUUUUUUAGAAAAGGUCCUUUAGAUGGUCAGGCGGUAUUAAUGACCCGUGGUAGGUUAGAGGUGGUAUAUUGCAGAGAUGAUUUAGGUUAAAAUUAUGUUGGUGCCUUAUAGGAAUGAGAGCCGAGCCAAAGACUUGAGUCUCUGAAUGAAUGAAAACCUGCUCCUGCAAAGAGAAGAGCAGCUCAAGCCUCAAAGUUUCUUCUUACUUCUGACGCUGAUUUACUCUGCUGAGGAGCAACUUCGACCCUACUGAUGGAAAUCCUCAGGAACCAGUUGCCUUCAGGCAAAGAAAAAUACUCCUGAAGUCUAAUUAGGUGUUUUCUGAUGAGUAAGUGAAGUCAGCAGAUAAACUGUCAAAAUAAAAGCAUGCACAAGCUCAGAGUCCUGUCAGAUAAAAAGAAUAAUUAGCACCACAGAGUCUGUCAGAACCUUUGCUGCAUGUUUUAGCCUGUGAACUACAACUUGUGUUAAUAUAGAUCAUUUUCCACAUUAGGUUGUGUUUUUGUGUCCCAGCCAUUUGACUUUAGUCACUUAUUAAAAUGGUAAUGAAGCUCUGUUCAACCAGACAUUUACAUUUUGAAGUUAAAAGGUCAAAACAUGCAGAAACAUG